UGGAGAAUAAACAAAGGCUAUGUGCUCAUGCUCUGCUGUUGGUAAUAGGUCUAACCCAGUGUUUGGCAGUGAAGCACAUCACAGUGAUGGAGGGACGAACGCUGACUCUGACCUGUCCCAUUAGAAACAUUAACGGGACUGACCAUGUAGAAUGGAGAAAUCCAAACGGCUUUCUCAUGUUUUUUAACAAGCACAGAGCCUUGAAAGACAUGAGGAACGAGGUUGUUGUCUUAACCAAGUCACGAUAUUCAGUGAGCAUAUCUGACAUCACAUUCAAAGAUGAAGGAGUUUAUAAAUGUCUUCAUUACAGUGAUCAAGUCCUGACAAAAAGAUUUAAAGUUGUAGUUCUGAGGGGACCAGUACUGGAGAAGACAGAACAUGAGGAUAAAACAAUUAUUAAAUGUUCAGCUACAGCAAAUGGUUGUCGACCCAGACUCUCAUGGCUUCUGGAGAACGGCCUAGAGAUUGAAGCUCAACCAAAUUAUGUGUUAAAUACAUCUAAUAAAUACACUGUAGUUAGUCUCCUGCAUGUGAAGACUCAUAAAAGAAGAGCUACAGUGAAAUGCCUGGCCCAGUAUCCGACUCUACAUGGCUCACCCCUGAUAGAUUUCAUCCACAUAGGAAAUCAAGAUGAAGAUGAAGAAACAUCUCCCACACCAGAAUAUAUAAGCACUACGACAGAAAAAGUCACUCCAACACUUGUCCCGCGUUUCAGCAGUACAAGUUUAAGCAGUACAAGUUUCAGCAGUACAACAUACAGCAGCAGCAAUUCAGAGUCAGGAACCACAGAAGCACAAAAGACUGAUGUCAGCACCACUUCAUACAAUAACACAAAGGCAGUGAACGAAACCACAGAAUCAAUAUCUGAAACAACAGAGGGCUCUUCACAGAAUGCUACCACAGACUCAUCCAACAGCAUUUCAGGAGAUGGGAAUGAGAAACAGGACAUAAGUGAACAUAAGCAAAAAGAAAAGGGGAAUUCAGCCCUGCUGGUGCUUCUGGUCACUUGCCUCAUCUUCGGUCUGAUAGUGGUGCUCGCUUUCUUCCUGCUCCGUCUUAGGAGGGCACACGUUGCCUGGAAACAAGAGAAUGAAGAAAAUGAUCAGUCCAUGGAGAGCAGCAAAUCAAAAUCCAGCAAUGAAGAUAAGCAGAAACAGAACCAGCAACAGAGAAUACAAGGCAUUUGGAACACCAGCUUCACAAAGUACAAAGUGGAGGAAGCAGCACAGAGUGAAGCGGGGACGACACCUGGUACUGUGGAAGUGCCUAACGAAAAUCCACAUUGUUCAAAUAACACUGUACUAAGAUCCUGUAUCAGAGAGACUGAACUUUAAAAGAUUUGGGAGUUUUAUCCCAAACUCUUAUUUAAAAAUGAUGUUGGUGGUGCUUAAAUGUUGAAAAAUGUUGAUAACG